AUGUCACCACCAUCAAAGAUAUCUAAAACCAAGGACUCCCUAAAGAAGUUGCGUAAACAAUCGAAAAGAUGGUUCAAACCAUGUUGCAAAAGAACCGAGUUGCCAUCAGAAGCUUUGCCCCCAAAAUUUGAAGACGACGAUGUCCCCUCCUUCCCUAGAGGUGGGGGAUAUUCGCGUAGUCGAAACGAAGUUAGUACCAAAGUUGAUGCGGAGUUUGAAGCGGAGGAGAGGGAGUCGAAGAAGAAGAAGAAGAAUAGAGUGAAGAACGUAAGUCAUUCCACGAAGGAUGAUUUUGAAUCCCUUUGCAGCGGUGGAAUCACUGCUAAAAAGAUCACUUUGAAGGUAGAUGUGGAUCGUUCAUAUUUCAGUGAUGACACUGGUAUUUAUGCAGCUUCAUCACAAGGGUCUGAUGAUGCCAUUGAAAAAAAUAGUUUCACGAUGGCCACUGAGUUCCUGAUGAAUUUGGGUUUUGAAAGUGAAAAUAGGGAGCAUCUAAUUCCUACUGAAGUGGAAGCAAGGGCUUCCGUUCUUCCACUUGCAGUACCUCUUGAUGAUACAGAGAACUCUGAAUUGGAAAAUGUAGACCGUCGGGAUAUAGAGAAUGUUGAUGAUGCAGACACAAUGGAUGAGAAGAACAAGAGAUGCGCAAAAGAGAAGGCCAGGAAGAGAAGUAAUAUUGUUAUUUACUUCGGUUCAUUAUCAGUAAAUUGAGAUCUAGUUAUCUUCGAUUUUACUAUAAGAUUGAAAAUGUUUUACUCAUUUAUGGAAAAAAAAAAUUUUUGUUACUCGGGGAACGUAAAAUUAGAGCUGCUGAAGAAAGACUAUUGGAGGAUAGUAUCCCAAGCUCUGCUGAUGAAUUUGAGUUAGAAGGUUCCCAAAUAGAUGCUUUGUCUGGAUAGAUUACAUAAAAUUUAUGCUCUCUUUGGCAGAUGCUGAAAAGGCCCGCUCAAUUGCUGAAAGGUAUUCUUUUAAUUCUGAUAUUAAUUUCUUAUUUAUGGUAGGUGCAUAAUCCCAAGGGGAUGAAGCUGUUUGUCAGGGCCCAAGCAUGAGAAGGGUUUCAUCUUGGCUCCAAAACUCCCCCUUUAAGCCAGUUUUAGAAUUUAAUUUACUUGGAAAUAUUUUACGUUGAAACAUACGGAACCUUACUUGGUAAAAAUAACAAAAAUGUAAAUAAACACGAGACCUUAAAUUGUUUUAAGUAAGAACAUGAUUUAGUUGGGGCACGGCAACCGGCAUAUUUUAAGAUUUGUCCUACUAUUAUUACUACUUUUUUAAGUGGUGAAGGAAAAUGGUGAUAAGCUGAUGAAUCAUGGUAUUUGUUACCAUUGAUUUUUUUUUUUUGGUUCAUGGGUAUUAAGCAAUACGUUCUUUAAAAUUAUAGGUAUGGUUGAGGCUAUAUCAGUGUGUCCUGGAGCAUAACCCAGACCGAGUUGAGGUUGUUAGAAAUCGUGCUUUUCUAAGCCUUCCCCGCCGUAACCAUGUUAAGUUCAUUUCGCAUUCAGCUAUCAUCGAGUUCAAGAAGAGGGUUCCUGAUAGAGGCCGAUCCCUGCUCGAGGGAAUUCUUCGGACAUACCCAAAAAGAAGAGAUUUGUGGAAUAUUUAUAUUGAUCAAGAAAUUCUACUUGGUGAUGUGGAUCUGAUUCGUGCGUUAUUUGAGAGGGGCAUCAGUUUGAGCCUUCGUCCUACAAAGACGAAGUGGUUCUUUGAAAAGUAUCUCGAUUAUGAGAAAUCUCUUGGUGAUAAAGAACAGAUUGAUUAUGUCAAGAGGAACGCAAUGGAAUAUGUUGAGAGCACACUUUAUUAAUACUUGCACUGGUAAUGAAUUUCUGUUCCUGCUUUGCUGACAAACUGGAUUUGUACAUUUGCUAUGUCUUUAGCUCUAUCAACAGAAUCUGUAUGUGUUAAAAGAUAUCUAUGAUUGAACUGAGUGAAGAGUCUUUAAAAUGCCUACAGUCCUGUAAACAUAAGAGUUUUGAAUUUCCUUAUCCUAAUUCUGUGUAAACAUUCAUGUAGGAUGAUCAUUUUCGUGCUCUGAAAUCAGAAAAUAAAUUAAAAAAACCUCUUUA